GAGAAACAAAUUAUAAACAUAAAAAAUUAGGAAAAACUAUAUAUAACGGAUCAGAUAUUUGGAUAAACGAUUAUUUAAACGGAUGCAUAUUCGGAUCGGAUUUUAAACGGAUCAGAUAUACAAUUACCAAAUCCGUAUCCGUUUAGUAAUCGGAUAUCCUUAAUGGGAUACGGAUAAUAUCCGUUUAAAACGGAUGCGGAUAUUUCCUCUUUAAACGAAUACGGAUGCGGACGGUAAUCGGAUUGUCGGCUAUCCAUUUACAGCCCUAAUCACAGGGACUUUAAAAAUAAGUUUUGAAAACACAUGGAAUAUUGAACCGAAAGGCAGGGACUGAGGCACACGACGGAACUGACGGAAGAACCGACGAACUGAUGAAGACAGGACUCAGAUACGCCGCCGCCGCCGCCAGACGCACCGCCGGACGCCGACCAUCAAGCUCCAGCCUCCAGGGAUUUGAGAUGCUUCCAAAUGCUAUAGCAAUAUAUGCCCUUAUUUGCCGGUCCUGAAGAUUAGAGUUUUGAGAGAUUUUACUUCCCAAUUCAUAGUUAUAGAUCUAAGUUGAACAUGGAAGGACACCGUACCUGCAAGAAUUGUGGAUCCAAUUCCAUUUAUUCAGAGAUUAGCACAGGCGAUGUGGUUUGCAGAUCAUGUGAUGUUGUUCAAGACUUUGACAAUUUCCAGGCCCAUAUUGGAGGCAUCAAUGGGCCUGUUGGCACCUAUGUUCAUGUCGGUACCACGGGUACUGGAAAUUGGUAUAGUUAUAGAGAGACAAAGAUUUACGAAGCGAAGAAGGUGAUUGAUGAUUUGAUGUACAAGUUUGGAAUUACAGAAAAGAAAGCAGAUGAUGUUAGCAUUAUGAUUAGGACAAUCACGGAGGACGAAUACGGUCAAGGGAGGUGGUUUUCUGUGCUAAUCGGCGCUUGCUCUUACAUUGUCAUGAGGAUGGAUUCAAAGGUCUUGCCGAUGGAAGAGGCCGCGAAUACGGUAGGGUGUGAUGUUUUCGAAAUGGGUAGAAUGGUCAACCGCGUUGUCGACUUUCUCGAUCUGGAAUUGCCAGAGCUGAGCAUUGUCAACUGGUUCGAAAAGGCAAUCAGAAACAGUUCGAGGUUAAGGGAUGUUUCCGAGGAUACAAUCUCGAGGAUGUUGAAACAAGGGACACUUCUGCUUCAGUGUUUGGUCAACUGGUUCGUGACAACGGGCAGGAGGCCAAUGCCCGUUGUUGCAGCCGUGCUUGUGUUCGUCGCAGAGCUGAAUGGAAUCACAGUUCGGCUUGGUGAUGUGGCAAAUGAGUUACACGUGGCGCUCAAGACUUGUAAGUUGAGGCAUAAAGAACUUCUUGAGAGGCUUGUUCAGGUUGCCCAAGCCACAUUGCCAUGGGGAAAGGAUGUUAACAUGAAGAACAUAAUGACAAAUGCUUCAUCCGUGAUUCAAUAUAUCGAGUUGAAGUCAAUGUCAAACCAGAAUGGAAAAUGUGGAGAGAAUUGUGAUUUGAGUUUCUUGGUUGAUGACUGCCUAACCGAGGAAAAUUCGUACUGGUAUGACGAACAUGAACCCGAGAAAGAUUCCCAGUAUUUCCAAGCUAAAAAAGUUGACAUUCCUGAAAGAUUCCCACUUUCUGCAGAAUCGUUCUCCAGGAUUUAUUCAGAGGCGAAGAAUGCGAUGUCUGUGGCUAAGGCAGGCCCCAACGCGAGUACACGGAGAAGGACGAGAGAGGAAUACGACAGUACGGGCUGGUGGAGCGGCGAAUCGGACCUGAGUAAAGAGCUUCUUCUGAAGCAAAUAUUGGAAAAGAACUUGGGGAUAAAUGCCAUGCCUCCUUCAUUUGACAAUGGCUGUUUGGUGACUGAGAGGAGAAGAGCAAAGAUAAACGCGGCUAAGCUGAGGAUUCAUCAGACUAUGUGUGGUCGUCCUUCGGCUUCUGGGGAUGAAAACACCACUUAUGAUCGCAUUAUGAUUGGUAAAGAAGAAGUAAAGAAGAAGAAAAGAAAGAGGAAAGGGGGAUUUUGUUUGGACUGGGAAGAUUUCAUCAUUGAAACUCUUCUCCUUCAUAAGGUUAGAGAAGAAGAGAUUGAGAAGGGGCAUUAUAAGGCUUUGCUGGGCUUGCAUGUUUUCAAUGGCGGCUGUGCAUGUUGACACAGGUGUAUACUCAGGAGCUUUGUUAUAUUGGGUGCCAUAUUUGCACUAAAGGUUUUGUAUUUGAACAAUGGUUAAUGGCAAUGGAACAAUGGUAUGAACACUGGCUUAUGGUGGAGGCAAACUUGGAAAUAAGCUCUCUAGCUCAGUCCAUACUGCUGCCUGCCCAAGCAAAUAUAUGUAGCAAGGAACACCCCAAAACGAUUGUACUAGGACUAAAAUCACGUCUAAUUAUGACUCUUUGCUGCUUGAUCUCCUCUUCUAUGGCGUCAUUUCCUUCCAUCUUACUUAUGUAUUCUCUUUGAUACAUUGAUUUGUUUUUAAUAUAUCAAGUUCAUAUGCAUUCUCACACCUCUAGGAAGGUACAAUAGUGCACUCUAUUGUACAUAAGGAUUGGAGGUUGCAGCAAAGACAAUGCUGAAAGACAUUCUGUCCGAUUCGGUGACCAUCAAGUUCAUAAGCAUUCUCACACCUCUAGGGAGGUAUAGUAGUCCAGUCUGCUUAUAUAUAAGCACUGGAGGUUGCAGCGAAGACAACACUUGCUGUCCUCAAUCUUCCAGAUGCAGAAUCAAAGCCUACAACCUGCCGCUCCCUUAAGAAUUGUUACCUACCCAGAAAUUACUUGGAGCUUCUAUGGUCUAGCCAACUCACACAUUUUAGAAACUAGAGGUUGAUUUGCUGUGUAUGGAUAGAGUAUAUGCUUACUCCCUCUCUUCCGAGCAAAAUGUUUUGUUAUAAAUUUGUGGAAUAUAAACAACGCAUAACUAUGGGGCCACAAUUUUAAUGUUGUAUUACAUUGUGGGUUACAGGAAAUUGUGGCAGAAGGCUCCAAGUAGGCUUGGACAAACAAGCAAGUUUAUGGUGUCAUAUUGAAUGAAUGGAUACUAGAUCAUGUGGCUUUGCUCUUUACCUUCCUGGAUCAUCAAAAGUUCAUGGGUCCCUUUAGGUUUUGUGAUCACCAAAUUGAAGCUACACAACUGAUCUGUAUUAAACACAGAUGGGGUGAGGUUGAAGAAAGUCAGAAAGUGGCUGAAGUGUUUGUUGAGCAUUUCAUGGAUAUGCUCGGGAUAAUGUCCGGAGCGCCACUGGUUGGAAGUAACUUGAGGUCGAAAUCAUUAUUAGUCCUCAACUGACAGUGGAAGGUCCUUAUGUCCAUUGCCAGUGGAGCUAAAAAAGUCGUUUUUAACAAUGUUUUAGUUUCGGACACAAUGGACUAGAUAAAAAAUGAUAAAUUAAACUUUCCUUGUUUUU